GACAGCUCCCGGCUCUUUCUUAACCACUAAGCUUGUGUGGGUCUGGGAAGUAAGGAUUAAGGAUGGUGAAGCUGGGGAGUAAUCUAAGCGACAAGAACAAGGAGCCUUCUGGUGAGGAUGGGUUUCAGACUGUCCCCCUGAUCACACCCUUGGAUGUUAAUCAUCUGCAGUUCCCUGCUCCAGAGAAGGUGGUCGUGAAAACAAGAACAGAGUAUCAGUCUGAUCAAAAAAACAAGGGUAAAAUCCGGGUGCCAAAGAUUGCUGAGUUUACUGUCAGCUUCACAGAUGGGGUGACAGAAAGGUUAAAGGUAACAAUCCUAAUAAGUCUGGCGCUUGCCUUUCUUGCCUGUAUAGUAUUCCUUGUGGUGUAUAAAGCCUUCACAUAUGACCACAGCUGUCCAGAUGGAUUUGUCUACAAGCAUAAGCGGUGCAUACCAUCUUCUUUGGAUGCUUAUUAUUCAGCACAGGAUUCCAACUCACGGGGAAGGUUCUACACUUUAAUCAGCCAUUACAGCAUGGCCAAGCAAACAAGCUCACGGUCUUUGUCUCCCUGGCUUUCUUCAGGAACCACCAACCAUGAAGCCAAGGCAAGUAAAACAGAAGGUCACUAGGAAGUCAUGUGAACAAGGAACACCCCUGUUUCUAGGCUCCAGGGCAUGGCUGCGAUGACAUUCUACUUUAACGAUGUUACACUAAAAUGAACUUGCGGGAGUCGAAAGAAACAAGCAAACCUUUCAUUUUGUGCAUUGUUAUUGUUCAUUUGUUACCGACUCACAACUUUGUAGAAAGGCAUGUUCAGUGUUGAUUGUUAACUUGCAAUGUAAAAAAAAAUAAUCAGCUAAAAACUGACAAACUUCUUGUAUAGCUUUUUUUUUUAAUGUCAUUGUCAAAUGUAUAACCAUGGAUCUCACUGUUAAUGUACUAAAAGAUGCAGAAAUAUGCAACCGAGUAAUGUUUUGCUUUGAGCUCAUUUUCAGUUGAUACUAUUGAAUUCUUAUAGUUGUGACAGGGGACUGGAGAAACCAUUGGAACAAAUUCUGCAAUAGAACUACAAAAUAUCUCUGUCUUGGCAAGGGUUCUACACCAAGCCAUUUUUGCCACAAUAUGGCAGCAUGCAAGGACUUUCUCAUUCGUGUGUGUAAAUUUUACAGCCCACCUCAAUGGAGACUUGUGACAUACAGUAAGUGCCAAGAUAUAAAGAAUCAUUUAGAAGCAGGAAGGCUCAGUGUAAAGUGUUUUUGGUACUUUGUAUAUCUUCCUGUUUAGAAAAAUUUUCCUGUUUAGUCUCCGUGCUUCAUUUCAGAGCACACAGACCAGUGAAUCAGUUCUACCUGUAUUUAGUAGAACUUUAUUCAUAAGAGGUGGCAUGUAGACAUCCCUCUCCCCUGUGUGUGUCAUUCAGACAUUCAUAUUUGGGAGCAGAAGGCCUCAACUGUACCCUUUACUUACCCGUUUCCCUAUGACAGGCCUGCACUCUCUUACUCUGAACCCCAACAGUUUAUGAUAUUCUAUGAAAUGGAAUCUGGACACAGAUAAUGGUAUAAAUACAUUACUUAUCUUUAUCAACAGAAGAAAGACUUGCAAAACAAUGUUACCUAAUGUAUUGCUUUUAAUCCAAGUUCCUUUUUGGAAGUAAGAAAUGUGAAGAGCUUUUCAAAAUGUGCUGUGCUACCAAGUGUUGCCCUCAUAAACCUUAGACAAAGGUGUGUGCUGUUCCAGAUUUCUAGUGCCAAAUCUUUACUUUUUCUGCUUUCUUUUAACUCUGUUUCACCUGUAAAUGUAUUGUCAUUAGACAAAAAAAAACAAAAAACAAAAAAGAUCACCCAUUCAAAUGUUUCUAAUUCCGUGGUGUGUUUCUUGUUGGUAGCUAGCAAAGAAUGGGGUCAUUUUGGUGUGAUUCUUGCACUGUUCUUGACAGGACAGAAAUAAAGCUGGAAGUGUCAGAAAAA